AUGUUUGUGUGUUUGUUUGUAUGCUUGUUUGCAACCAACCAACCAAUCAACCAACCAACCAAUAAAAACAGGGCCAAAAAUGUGAUAAUGUUCCUCGGAGACGGCAUGGGUCUGCCGACUGUCGCUGCAACACGUGUCUACAGACAGCAAGGCAUCAACCCAGCCGAGAAAAAAAACUACCUCUUCUGGGAAUCUUUCCCUAACCUCGGAUUGGCUAGAACAUACAACGUGGAUCACUCGACCCCAGACAGCGCAGGGACUGCCACGGCCUAUCUUUCGGGCAUCAAAGCAAACCUGGGCACCAUCGGUGUGACUGAGUACGUGCAGUUUAAAAAAUGCUCCAACAUGACGGGCAAUAGGGUGGAGUCUAUAGUACACAAAUCUAUCAAAGAGGGAAAAUCCACAGGGAUAGUAACAACUACCCGGAUUACUCAUGCCUCUCCGGCCGGAUGUUACGCCAGCACUCCGUGCAGAGACUGGGAAGACCGCGUCCCAGAUGACGCAACCGAUUGCACGGAUAUUGCCCAACAACUUAUCCUCGACGACAGGAACAAGGAUAUUAAGGUAAUUUUAGGCGGGGGUCUGAAAUACUUCCUACCGGACUCAUACUCUAAUUCCACCCCUCCGAAGGUUAACGGAACUAGAAAAGAUGGGAAAAAUCUCAUCCAGUCAUGGGAAUCGUAUCAAACCAAUCAAAGUCGUUCGUACAAGUUGGUGUUCAAUAAGCAGGCACUUGCAACUGUAGAUGCCAAGAACACGGACUAUCUAUUGGGUCUCUUCAACGCUGAUCAUAUGUCCUUCGAUGCCGACAGAUCCACAACCGACGAACCUUCCCUGGCGGAUAUGACCUCGAAAGCCAUCGAGAUUCUCAAGAAAAAUGACAAAGGAUACUUCCUAUUUGUGGAAGGUUGCGGUAAAAUAGACCACGCCCACCACAACACGAAUGCUUACAGAGCCCUUAUUGACACUCUGGCUUUUGAGAAAGCCAUCGAAUCGGCCUACAACAACACGAGCCCCGACGACACUCUGAUCCUGGUAACCGCCGACCACUCCCACGUCUUCUCGUUUGGAGGGUACGGCCUUUUCGAAGAGUCCGUUCUCGGUUACGCCUCAAGUGUUGAACCAAGUUUGGACGGCAUGCCCUACCUUCAGAUGGCCUACUCGAACGGACCCGGCUACAAAGUUCGUAGGAACCUUACUGGCAACAACAAGGAUGCCAUGGACAAGGAUUUCGUGCAAGAGACAGCAGUCUGGUUGGCCUACGAAACUCACGGGGGGGAAGACGUGCCCGUGUAUGCCUCGGGACCCUGGUCACACCUCUUUAGAAGCACCGAGGAACAGAAUUAUGUGGCACACGUUAUGAUGUAUGCCUCCUGUGUUGGUGAUUAUACGACUAAGGAGCACUGCGUGGCCACGGCGAACAACGGGGCUGGCCAGACCCACAGCUUUUGGGCGGUCUCUGUGAUAAUUUUGUCUAAUUUUUUCUACUUUUUGGAAAAAUUUUAA